UCCACUCUGGACAGUGGCACAUCGUACAGAGGCCGUAGCACAUCUUCCUCGUCGUCCCCCUCCCAGCAAUCUGACGCCGGACACAGGGCUCCAACUGCUGGACCCCGAUCCCUCUGCCCUGAGCUUCCUGGGGGUUUUCUGUGGACUUCCUUGCUCAUCCAGCUCCCCUGCUACCCCCAGGCCUCCUCAGCUUUAGGUUGCUGCUUCCUUGUGGCCGGCAGCCAUGAGGUCCCGGCUUUUGCUUUCUGUGGCCCACCUGCCCACAAUUCGGGAGACCCUGGAGGAGAUGCUGCCCGGUGGGCCUGGAGAGGACCCCCCCGCCUCCCCUAGCCUGGAUGACUACGUGAAGUCCAUCUGUCAGCUGGCGCAGCCCACCUCAGUGCCGGAUGAGGCUGCAGCCAGGGUCCGACCCAGUAGACCCCACCGGCCAGCCCGUUCCCGUGAGAAGAGCUGCACCACUGGGUCCCUACAGGACAUCACCACCCGCUUCAGUGGCCAGCAGCCCACACUGCCCGGGGCCAGCACUGUGGACCCUCUGGACUGGCUCUUUGGGGAGUCUCAGGAAAAUCGGCCAAGUGGGAGGGACAUGCCAAGGAGGACUGGAUCCUCUGCUGACCCCUGGGCUUCAUGCAGACAGACGGACAGUGGCAAGGCCCGGGGGGCCCCCAGAGGGAGGCUGAGUGAUGUCAGGGCUCCAGGGCACUCUCUGCUGAGACUGCAGAGGGACUGGCACCAGUGCUCCCAGGCUUCUGGGCAACCUGGCCAGGAUGCAGUUUCCCCAACAAGCCCCUGUCCCAGCAGCGUCCUUAGAACUCUCUAUUUGCACCUCCCCGUGAUCCAUGAACUCUGACCCCUCCCCAAUAAAGACUUCUGCAAACAACAUACAGGUCUGCAUCACCU